AAUGGGCGGGGAUUCCAGUUUGGACGUGUUCUGGAUAAACCCAGCAAGCAACGUUCAACUGUGUUAAAGAAAAACACUGAAGGACUUGCAUGCAAUUAUUUGUUUAGGUAUUGUAUCGUCGUUGUGCAUGUGAGCGCUUCGAACUGGGAAGUGCCACGAAAUUGGCAGGAGCUUUUGGAGUUGCUGUCGGCGAUGGGUGAAGUAGUUAAGACGUGGAAGGCUGCAGGAGCGUCCGAGCAGAGAAACUCAACAGACUGGAGUUCAGGAAGUAGAUCAACGGGACAGUGUGGAAUGUUCGCUUCCUGGGAAAUCUGAAACAAUGGGAAAGUGUCCGUCCGCACACGGACCCUUCAUCCUGAGCCGCCAAUAGGCGCCUCGGCGGAGCUGACAUGGUCUAGACAUACACUACUGUUGUGGUGUGCACGGAUUGACUGGACUAGAUCCAAUGAAAACUCGGAUGAGAAAGUGAUACAUUGGCGCCUACUCGGAUCGAAAUUCAAAUCUGGUAUUUCACUAAGCGUUGAUUAAACACGCCAAGUGACACCAUGCGGAGCCCGGGGACGCGGAUGUGGCGAGUGGCUCUGUGUUGCGUGCUUAUGGAAACAUUUGUGCACAUUGCCAGAGGUCUCAACAUUUGUACGAGUGGCAGUGCUACCUCUUGCGAAGAAUGCCUUCUGAUUCAUCCCAGCUGUGCCUGGUGCGCACAAGAGGAUUUUGGGAAGGGGUGGACUGUGACAUCCCGGUGUGAUUUUAGUCAGAACUUGCAAAAGAGGGGCUGUGAAGCGCGGUUCAUUGAAUACCCCACCAGCAGCAUGUCUAUUCUUCAGAACACGCCCUUGAGUUCUAAAGGGUCUGGGUCGGCCCAGUACGAUGUUACUCAGAUUAUGCCUCAGAGGGUCUCUCUCAGUCUGCGACCAGGAGGGCAGACAUGGUUUGGGCUGCAGGUGCGGCAGGUGGAGGACUACCCGGUGGACAUCUACUACCUGAUGGACCUCUCUCUCUCCAUGAAAGAUGAUCUGGACACUAUCCGUAACCUGGGCACCAAGCUGGCCUACGAGAUGGGAAAGCUCACCAGCAACUUCAGGCUGGGUUUUGGGUCCUUUGUGGACAAAAACAUGUCCCCGUUCUCCUACACAGCACCCAAGUAUCAAGAGAAUCCGUGCAGUGGAUACAAACUGUUCCCCAACUGUGUACCCACCUUCGGUUUCCGCCACAUCCUCUCACUGACAGACAAAGUGGACCGUUUUAAUGAGGAGGUGCAGAAGCAGAUGGUAUCUCGCAACCGGGAUGCACCAGAGGGUGGAUUUGAUGCCAUCCUGCAGGCUGCUGUUUGUAAGGAGGAAAUAGGCUGGAGGAAGGAGGCCUACCAUCUGCUGGUGUUUGCCACAGAUGAUGUACCUCAUCUCGCUCUGGACGGCAGGCUGGGAGGCCUCGUCCAGCCCCACGAUGGACAGUGUCACCUGAAUGACAAGAACGAGUACAGCGCGUCCACAACGAUGGAUUAUCCUUCUCUGGCUCUUCUUGGGGAGAAACUGGCUGAAAAUAACAUCUUCCUCAUCUUUGCAGUGACUAAACGACUGUAUGUUAUUUAUAAGAAUUUUACUGCACUCAUACCUGGAACUACAGUAGAAAUCCUGGACCAGGACUCUAAGAAUGUCAUUCAGCUGAUCAUCGCUGCCUACAAUAACAUUCGUUCUAAGGUGGAGCUCACAGUGUGGGACCACCCAGAGGACAUCAGUCUCUCCUUCACUGCCACCUGCCAGGAUGGGAAGCCACUGCCAGGCCUCAUGAAGUGUGCCGACUUAAAGAUAGGCGACACCGUAUCGUUCAACGUGAGUGUGGAGGCGAGGAGUUGUCCUCCUCGUGGCACUGACCAGAGCUUCACCAUCAAGCCGGUGGGGUUCAAGGAUCGUCUGGAAGUGACUGUGGAUUAUCAGUGUGACUGUGGCUGCAGCCGGAAAGCACAACUGAACAGCAGAAUCUGCAGCUCCAUAGGUACUUAUAACUGUGGGACUUGUCUCUGUGAACCGGGCUACCUGGGCGCCCACUGUGAGUGCCAGGAGGGCGAAGUCAGCAGCAUGUACCUCAGCGCCUGCCGGGAAGCCGAAGGCAAGCAGGUCUGCAGCGGGCGAGGAGAGUGCAGCUGCAACCAGUGUCUGUGCUACGAGUCGGAGUUCGGCAAGAUCUAUGGCAGCUUCUGCGAGUGCGAUGACUUCUCCUGUCCCCGUCACAAAGGCAUUCUCUGCUCAGGUCAUGGAGAGUGCCACUGUGGGGAGUGUAAAUGCCAUGCUGGCUACAUUGGCGACAACUGUGACUGCUCCACUGAGACGUCGUCCUGCAUUUCAGACGAUGGGCAAAUGUGCAGUGGGCGAGGCAGCUGUGUGUGCGGUCGCUGCCAGUGCAUCGAGCCAGGCGCCUUUGGAGAUACCUGUGAAAAAUGCCCCACCUGCCCUGAUGCCUGUGGCACUAAAAGGGACUGUAUCGAGUGCCGGCUGUUCAAAUCAGGGCAUCUUGCAGACAACCAGACCUGCCAGCGCCUGUGCAAGGAUGAAAUCAUCACCGUGGAGACCCUCAAAACGGACGAGCCUGGUGCUGUGCUGUGUCUCUAUAAGACAGACGACGACUGUGUCAUGAAGUUCACAUAUUUGGAGCACGCCAGUGGACAGUCCGUCCUCACAGCUCUGAAAGAGCCAGAGUGUGGCGGUGGGCCAGACGCCAUGAUGGUGCUGCUGGCAGUGGUCGGCAGCAUCCUGCUGGUGGGAGUGGCACUGCUCGCUGCCUGGAAGUUGGUCAUCACCGUUCAUGACCGGCGAGAGUUUGCACGCUUUCAGAGUGCACGCUCACGUGCCCGAUACGAGAUGGCCUCCAACCCUCUGUACAAGCAGCCUGUCUCUACACAUUUUGUAGAAACAGAUUUCAACAUGUACGGGAGGUCCUACAAUGGAGGGGUCCACUGAUCCCUCAGCACAGGGCGCGGCAGGACCGGUCCAAUGAGCAGAUUCCUGGAGGACGGGGUGGAGGCAGAUGGCGGACUGAAUACACUCUCAACCCUCUGCACAACGCACAACCAAUAACACAAGUGAAAUGAGCUAGACUGCAUCUGAGGGAGGAUCCUGUGGCCUUUUUGUCUUUAUGCAAGAAGUUGGAGCCCACCACAGAGAAAUGACGUGACUUAUUUUUCUUCAUCUGUGUGUCUGUCUGAGAGCAGAGACAGCGAUGAAGUAGUGACUCUUUGGUUUGAUUUAGAGAGUGAGAAACAGAAAGUAGCGUUAGCAGUGAAUUUGUUUGCAGUUCCACAAGAGAAAUAUUCUGGCAACCGUAACUCCAACCAGAUAACACCAGCAGUCAGUCUUUGUACAAAGCAGGCAAGACAUUGGUUUAUAUUUGUAUAUUUUUAUGAAUGCUAAAAAGGCCUUUCUCAGUAGAAACUCUGCAGCCAGCAGGACUAUGAAGAUGCUGAAUUUCACUCCACACCAGAUAAUUUCAAAUGUAUAUGGUUCUUAAGAAGCACAUGCUUCUGAGGGUGGCUUUGGUGACAUUUUGGUACUACUAACUUUACUAAGCAAAAGACAUCUUACCCUCAUUUUGCACAAAGAAUAUAAAAGUCAAGUAUCCUAAAGAUUUAAAAAAAAAAAUUAUGGUGUCUGUGUUUUAUUCUCCAGUUGAACUCCAUUCCUGUAAUCCAAAUCGCAGAUACCAAUGUCAACAAUCCCGUGAAAAGACCAAAAACGACAAAGGUGCCAGUCUCUCAAUAUCAGAUUUCACUGCCGUGUCUGUGGCACUUAGAUAUAAGCUCGUUUGUUCCCGCUGAUUAUAUAACUCUUUAAAAUUUUGUCAAAAAUACGAGGCUCCAUGUUUAGAAAAGGCUAAGCAACUUUCUAAAACAGCCAGGCACUGCUGUUAAGUAGGAGGAAGCAGUGAGUUUGUUCAAAUCAAAUCAAAUUUUACCUGUAUAGCGCCAAAUCACAACAAAAGUCAUCUCAGGACACUUUACAA